ACAGAGAGAGAGAGGGGAGGAGUGGAGCGUCUCGGCGAGCAGGCGCUCUUUGCCUAGGCUUAGAAGCCUGCGAUUUUUUCCCGUUCGUCUCGUUGUCCGGGCGGCGGGCCAAUCGGAGUAAGUAGGUCAGCGCGAGCGGCCAAUCGGGUGGCGAGGCCGGGUCACGUGGGUUUGUUGUUAUCUAUCAGCUGUUUUUCCCGGACGGGCGGGCGGCCGGCCGGCGCAGUGAAAGCCGCUUGGCAGUCUGUCCUCAGUCCCUCCCGGUCGCUCAGCUGUGCGUCACAUGUCGGGCGCCGCGAGUCCUUCUCCCGUGCGGAUCGCUAUCAGGCAUACGAGUCUAACGACCCGGCUAGGACGCCGUCUAGCACCGGAGCACCGUCUAACGUCGGCGCGCGUCAGCCACGUAUUAUUAUGCUGUCAGCCAGCGUGUGCACGGCAACGCAUCGCCACGAAUCGAUCACCAAGUGCCUCGAAUAUGCGGACGGCGUGACGAACGCGGGCGACGGUGCACGCCGCAUUGUUGAUACGCUGAGUUCUGUGUUCAGGCCGCGGAGGCCGCCGCGUCCCUUCGGCGUCUAGAGCGGAAUCCCCCGCCCGUCCAACGUCUCUUUCGCGCGGCCGUGUCUCCCGCGUCCCCCCCUGUCCCCGCGGAGUUUUUAAACACUGCCACCGCCGCCGCGUCGGUGGCAGGUACACGACGGCGCGAUUGGUGCGUGACGAAAAGCCGGUCGGUACGAUGACCUAAAGCGGGAUGAAAGAGGGAUAGAGCGAGAGAGAGAGAGAGAGAGAGAGAGAGAAAAGCCGACGAGCGCCUCUUGGCAAUUGGUUCGUGGCGUUUAAAGGGAUCGGGAGUCCCGCGGCUCUAGGCGCGCCGCUGCGCCUCGCGCUUUUUCAAUUUUGAACUUGCACGCGCGCGGGUGUCCCCUUCUGUGUGUGUGUGUACAUGUGUGUGUCGUCCGCUCUUGAAACAUUCUCCAAGCCGAGACGGAGUGUCCCGUGUACGCGUCGCGGAACGGUCCAGCGGACGGGAGCGCGUGAAUGUUUGGCGUCGCGUCCGGCGAGUGCCUCGCGCAACGGGACUCCGCGCGCGAGAAAGCGAUCGGUGAGAACGAUCGAGUGAUCCUCCGCGCUGCGUAGAACGAGCGAGCGAGAGAGAGUGAGUGAGUGAGAGAGAUAGAGUGCGCGCGCGAGAGACAAGGAUCCUACUGAUCUGCGCGCAACCGAGUGAUAUCGCGCGUCGCCCGGGUAGAAGCCGCGAAUAAUGUCGACGGGCAAGAGGCUGGCGAAGCGCAGCAUAAUCGGCACCAGGGUGUGCGCUCCCGGCCAGGACGGCAAGUACUACAGCGGCGCCAUUUGCGCCGUCAAGACGCCGCAGGCGGCCGAGUCGCCGGGCCAGAAGAGCGUCACGCCGAAGACCCUGUACUCGGUGCGCUUCGACAUCACGGACGGCAAUCCGCCGAGCCCCAACGAGUACGCGGACCGCGAUCUCAUCGGGCCGGGCUUCGGCUCCGUCACUGGCGCGCGGCUGGUACCCGGUCAGAAGGUUUAUCUCACGUACAACGGUAGGGAGAUCCACGCGGAGGUCACGGAGCAUCGCCAGCAUCUCGACGAGGUGGACGUGGUCAUUGCCCCGAACGGGCAGGAGGGUACUAUGAGCCUAACCAAACGCAUAGACGAGAUCAGGUUGCUCGAAUCACGGAAGAGCGCACGACUCGCCGAUCAGGACACGGAUUUCGCCAGGCUGGCCGAUAUGGCCGGCGAUCGUAAACGAGCGUCCUCCCACUCUAUCGACGUGCCACACGUGAUGGCAUCCAGGAAACGACGGCCAAGCUCGAACAAUGAUUCCGAACGGACGUACAGCGGUUGGGGUGAGAGGGUGGUCUGCGGACGUGAGGGUUGUCGCACCAACGAACGCGGUGAUUGCAUGGACGAAUGCGCUGCCGCCCUGGUCCUUAUGUCGCUCUCGUGCUCACCUCACAGUCCUCACAACCCCCCGCCACUUCACUGCCAACACGCUUACGGUUCCUGGGGGAGAAGUGGAGGCGGAGGCGGCGGCAUAAUCGCCGGCUCACCGGGAGUCGGCGGUAUGUCAAACAGCAGCAGCAGCAGCGGGGCUUCCUGGCGAAGCGGCACUCCCAGCCCACCCCUCAGCGAGGAGGGCAUACCGACGAGAAGUUCCCCGUGCCCGGCGACCUCGCAUCCCUCGCACAAUCAGCCGCACUACCCCUACAACGCGUCCGGCUCGUCGUCGAGCAGCACCCCAGGCUCGACCACGUUGGACGAGGGAAUAGUGCCCGACUAUAUCGAGGAGCAGCACCCGCGUAAGAAGAUUCGAGCGAAAGUCAACCAGGACCCGAUUGAGACGGAGCCAGGCGCUUGCGCGACUUUCGAAAGCGAGCAGGCGAACGCGGCAGUGGUGUUCAAGUGCACUUGGCCGGGCUGCCUGGAAAUCAAAGCGACCGUCGCGCUUAUUGAGGAACAUGUGCGCCAGUCACAUCUGGGUCCAAAGAAGUCCAAGGGAUGCGACAGCGAGGACGACAUGUCCGUUCACGAGGAGGAGUUCUAUUAUCAGGAAGUUGCUGUGGAUCACAUGAGCUCACCUCCCACGAUGUCUCACCGGGACAUGGCGAGACCGCCGCACGAGGAUCCGGAAUAUCAGAAGCAGCUUCGUCUCGAGGCGACUCCUGCCGCGACUAACUACAUCGAGAACGUAAUGGCCGGUGUCAGGGAACCGAGCAACGCGUUUACGAUCUCGCAAUCGCCGGGUACACCGAAUAAACACAUCAAACUGUCCCCACGGCCAUUGCAGGCGUGUCAUCAACAGAACAUGACAGCGUCCACGGGCAAGCCGUCCUCCCCGCGGCGAACUCGCAGCGAUGUUAAGAAGUGUCGCAAGAUCUACGGUAUGGAUUCACGCGACCAGUGGUGCACUCAGUGCAGGUGGAAGAAGGCCUGCACCCGUUUCUGCAGCGAAUAGGCCAAGCGUCCGCCCCGUUCGUACGUCCGUGGGCGGAAACCCUUGUCAAGUCGACCCCAGAGUUUGCCAAUGCUACGUUGAACGUUAACACCAACUGCCAAAUGCCAAUCAUCGUCGAAGACGCGACGUCGAGAAAACCAGUGCUCCCGCAUACGAAGCACAGGACGCGAGACCGCCAACUAUCGUCGGUCGUAGCGAAAAGUAUUACCCUACGAAUUAAUUCCAGCACGGGGUACAUCGAAACCUCUCGCGACAACAAGUAAAAUGCAAAGCUCGUAAAAGCAGCAUCUCUUCCUCUUCUCUCUGUUUCCCGUCGUCGAGACGGGCAUGCACGAGUUUCGAAGAGAAACAUCCACUAUUACGAUUGGCGGGUAGCUCUAUAGGGCCGAUAUUCGUGCAUGAUAUAACAUCUUUUUAGUGCUCAUAGAGGAAGUUAACGACGUAAGAUUUAUCUGAACGAUUUCCGCCCGUUCGUGUUUUGCACUUGGCAAACUCCGACCGGGUCCCUUAGCCGUAACGAGGGACUUUUCGAUUAAUAGAUAGCAAAUAAUUGGCGUGCGGAGCGAAGCGACACCUCAGACUGUUGCAUUCUCUCGCUCCCAACUCGUCUGACAAAGAGAACCUUUUGGUUCGGUACGAAUGAGAUACGCACUCGCACUCGGAACGAGCAUGCAUGUCCUUCGAAGUGCUGAUUCCCGAACCGUCUCUUAGGUCAUUGCAAUAGAUCUUCCUUCUUCCGCCAAGAGUGCGAACGUUAAUGCGCUCUCGGUAAUGAUGGAACUAAAAGACGUUAGAUCGAUCCUCAGGGACGCCGUCCGGCCGAUCCCUGAGGAACAAGCGACCGAAUCUAACGUACAAAGGGAAGACCAGUGGAAUCGAUUCCCGGUCUGACCGAUGUUCAAUGCUAAACGGACGCGGACAAACAAGAUUGGUAAGUCUCGCGUGGAACAGAGCUGCUAAUUGUGAUAUUGUAUCUAAAUUUAUUGGAUCUGCCGCGAAUCGAGCAGGAGAGCGCAAAGGCGUGUAAAGAAAUGAGAGAAGGAAAGACAAAAAAAAGAGGAAACCAAAAUUUUAUACACCAAUUAUACUGCCAGAUAAAUAAUUCAAAAAAAAAUUGUUGUUCAAGCCUCUCUCUCGCGCGUUAAAGAGGCACUAUGUGUUGCACGGCACGCGUCGCCGUACAUCGGGCUUAGCCUUGUUAGCCUUCUGACGACCUAAGACCGUGUUCGCCACAAAGGAGCUGCACGCGCGUAUUGGGGUAGGGCUACGCAGUUGAAUCGAUCGAUCUAACAUUUAAUGAAGGUUUCGCUCCAGAUUAUACACACAUACGCACUCAUUACACACACGUGUACACUUACAUGUACAUCGCGAGCGCGAAAAAUGAUGACAUCACACACAAUUUGUAUAGUCUAAUCUACGUCAUUUCUUAUACUCCUUUCUCGCUUCGGGUCGUUCGCGGGACGAUUUAUCCACUCGAAUCGAUUAUUUCGAAAUACGUUUGAUCUCGAUAAUUUUUCUAAUGUAGCGAUAUAACGAAUGGACACUUGCAAAUUUUAUACGCUAGUAAACGCCGUGUCCUAAGAGGAUCAACGUUAAUGACUCCUGAUCUUUCAUCGUUAUCAACUGAAUUAUGUCGGAGGCAAACGAGUUUUACUUGAAAUCAUACCAACAUUCUCUAUAUAAUAAAAUACAUUUUUUUAGACACAGAUUUUAUACAUUCGGUAAAAUAAAUUUAUAAAUAUUAUUAUAUACUCUUUUGUACAUACUUAUAUACAUAUUUAUAUAUAUAUUUAUAUAAACAUAUAUGUUAUUUACAAAUUUAUUUUAACCAUUCUUAAUUGGUCGAGAUAUUUAACUCUCUAUCAAAUCUAUAGAUCGAAAAAGGACUAUGAACCAAUAUGCUAUAGAUUUGAGGUUUGCGAGAAAAAUUAAUUUUUAUCUCUAAUACACCCAACUCUCUUUAUACGCGGUUUCUUUUUUGCGUGACUCGUAUUUACGCGGUUUUCCCAAAAAACGUGAAAAAUUUUGGAAAACAAUUUGUAAUCUCUCUCUGUACAUACAUAUUGCUGAAGAUUUUUCGGUCGAAUAUGUUUAAAAAAUGACCACCCAGUAUACUUUUCCAUCAUUCUUAUAGCUCAAAUCACAUUUCUACAACUCGGUCGUCACUGUUAAUCACGAUUCGAUCAUGAUCAUUCAUGGUAUUGUUCAGCCUUAUUUUUUUGAAAGUAACAAUUCGUCACGGAAACAGCUUUCAAUAAAAAAAACAACGUACCCACGAUUUUUACAAAGUUGAAUCAAACAACGCGAUUUUUUAUUACACGGAACUACCGCGUAAAAAGAGAGUUUGAGACACCAAAAAAAAA